AUGACAAGACUUAUGUUUGGUCUGGGUCCAAGUCCUUUCAUUCUUGGAGGGACAUUGAACGUUCACCUAGAGAAGUACUCACAAGAUCAUCCGGUUUGUGUUCGAGAGCUUAAAGAUGGUACAUACGUGGACGAUAUAAACAUUGCAAGCGACACAGUGGAAGAAACGAGAGAAAUUAAAGAAGAUGCUGUAAAAAUCCUGGGAGGUGGGUUCAUGUUACAUAAAUGGCAUUCGAACGCCGCAGAAUUAGAAAGUGAUGUAAAGGAAGAUGGAGAAACUGCCUAUGCGAAGGAAAGUCUAGGAACAACACCAUCGGAGACCAAACUUCUUGGAUUAGGCUGGAACAAAUCAGAAGACACUUU